UAUUAUUUUGAAAAGAGAUUAUCUUUGGGAUACUUUUAUUUUGGCGAGUGGUCCGCUUUUUGCGCGUACUGCAAGUGCAGCAAGGAGAGACGAAGAAGAGCGCGGCGUAUGAGUGAGUGUAGUGUUGUGAUCGAGAAGCUCGUUCGAUAAAGUUGCUUCAACGGAAGAUUAUCGAGGCUUAAGUCGAAUAAAGGACGACAGCACUAAGUGAAAGUGUGGACAGUGAACCGCAGUUCAUAGCAGAAAGGAGUUUUUUUCAGCUUUGUCCUAGUGGUAUGUGUUGGCUGUUAAAAUGACGCAGUAACAUAUCGAAGGCCACGGAAGCUGUGAGUACGUUUAAAGUGAAAACCCUUCUUGAUUUUUGUCAUCAAGUGACUUGUUGCAUGUCCUUUUGCUGUAUUUUGUACCUCUGGUGUUUUGAUUGAAAAGCAGCGCCAAGAGCUAACAUUUCAACGGGACCAUUCACAUGCAAUUAAGUUUCCCGCACGUGUCAGAGCACGUGAGACCGAGAUCGUUGUAUAAUGCAGAGACUUAACUUAUCCGCCGAUUCAAGGUUGAAGAUUGUGUUGCUACCCUGCCAUCCAAGUGACAUCUCAGGUUGAUUCAUCUCGGUUUGAUGUUUUUUUUGAGACUGAGUGAAUUUUUGAACUUGCACACUUGAAACUGCUUGAUCUUCAGUUUAUUUCAACGUACUCUACUUUAUCGUUCUACGGUAUUCCUCUCAUGUUUUCAGUUUUUUUUAGUUACUGAACUGAAAAACGGGGAACUGUGGUAAUUCAAAAGGACUAUGGAACUUGAGUAACCGUGAGUAACUCGUGAACUGUGAGUAAACAUUUGAAGAGACAUUUCAUAUAAGUGCUCAGUCUGAGGUGAGCUUUAAUUAUGUAUGCUUUGUUUUUGUUGUUGUUGUUUACAAAUGUGAUUGUUUGAAGGUGAUCAUUUGAAAAGGAAGCCACCGUGUAAUGUUACCAUACCUGAAGCCUACCCUUGUCAAUCAGUAGUGUUCCAACACAAUAAGGUAAGAAACCACAUACACACGUUAGUGUGUAACGAGACUAAAAAGUUUGGGGAGCGGGGACCAAGAUCCUUUCGUUGUCCAAACUUCCAGGGCAGCCGUAAUCCAUUUCCCCUACACAACGGGCUAAAUACCCCCGUUACAAAAGUGGCGUCACGAACAGGAUCGAAUUAGGCACAUUUAAGUAGUCACACGUCUCCAGGCCCACAAGUUGUUUGUUGUCAAGUAAGAAGAUGUCUGAACUGGAGGAACUAAAAAAAGAGAUGGCAGAGAUGCAGAGGAGAUUUGCUGAGCAGGCAGGGGCACUUGACCAAUCCAGGGCGGAGCAGAGAGAAGCCCUAUCCUUAGCAAAGGUGGUAAUAGAGAGCCAGGCCUCUGCGCAAAUGACCCCAGCUGCCAUUUAUAUCCCUAGAGACCGGAAGCUCCCUGAUUUCACUGGUUGCGUAUCAAAACCAGGAGAGCUGAAUAUUGAAGAAUGGGUGGCAUCAAUGAAGUCUGCAUUUCAAGUCAUGAGGGUGCCCACUGAGGACCGGGUUGAGCUGGUGAAACAGCACCUAAAAGAUGAGGCCAAAGCCACAGUGAAGUUCAUGAUGGACGGAAAAGAGGAAUCUGUUGACAACAUUUUCACUGUUCUCCUUGACACUUAUGGAGAUAAAGUGCCCAUUGGUACAAGGCUGAAAGACUUUUACGAUCGUGCUCAGAAUACAGGAGAAACAAUACGUUCCUAUGCAUAUGACCUUCGGGAAAGACUUAAUCGUGUUCAGCGCCGAGAGCCAGCUAGAGUGGCAGAUGCUGAAAAGGUUUUGAAAGAGCAACUGGUGCUAGGCCUAAAAGAUGACUUCUUACGUCGAGAGAUGAAGCGCAGAAUUAAGGCUGAGCCAGAAUUGAGUUUCGUGGAGUUGAUGCAAGCGGCAAUUACCUGGUCAGAAGAGGAGGAAGCACAGCCUUCUACUAAUGUCAGGCCCAGUACCCGUGCCAGAGGGAUAGUAAAUGCUGCUGCAGCACAGGAUGCUCCCUCCACUCUGUCUUUAGAGAAGUUGCAUGAAGCAAUUCAGAAAAUAGCUGCUCGUCAAGAGGAAUUAUAUCAAGUCGUUCAUGCAAAAGAAAGGAAUGGACCACAGCAGAGCCGUCCAAAGAAAUUACCGUUAAAAGACAGUGAAGGCCGUUAUAUUUGUUAUGCGUGUGGUGAACCCGGACACACCAGUCGCUAUUGUCCACAAGGUGGCAAGUCUGGGAGGGGACCAACUCCACCACAGUGUAUAGUGGAGUCAGCUGAAGUUACAGAGAAAGACUUGGGAGGUGCAGUACAGAAAAGCCCAGGGCCCUCAUUGAUUAGAUGUCACACAGCAGAAUGGCUGGCUGAUGAGACUGCUGAAAAACUGAAGGAUAGUGCUUUUGGGGAUUGUCUCACUGUUGAGGUGAAGAUAGCUGGUGUCAAGACCAAGUGCCUCUUAGAUACAGGGUCAGAGGUGUCCACCAUUUCCGAGUCACACUUCAGACAGCACUUUGGGGAGCAAAAGCUAAAGUUGUCCUCUGCAUGCUGGGUUAAACUGACAGCGGCCAAUGGACUAGACAUUCCUGUCUUAGGUUGCUUACAGGCUGAUGUAGAAUGUCUGGGAAAAGUGCUUCCUAGGAAGUGUAUAUUCGUUCUGACUGACACAAGUCCUGACGUCAAGGAAAUGAAAGGAGUAUCUGGGAUCAUCGGAAUUAAUAUACUCAAUGAAGUGCAGUCUCUGUUCAUCUCAGCGGAGGGGAUGGAAAAGGUAGACGGAAGUAUAGUCAGCGAGAUGAAGUUCAAGUCCGGAGGGUACUUGCUAGAGUUGAGAAGGAAGCGGGACAUCUAG